AUGCAGACGCGAAGGGACCCGACAAUAAAACUUGUUCUUUUAGGUAAUGGAUCCACAGGCAAGUCAAGUCUCAUCGCACGAUUCGUGAACGACGGAUUUGCUCGCUUGUACAAACAGACUGUCGGACUCGACUUUUUCGAAAAAGUGCUGCAACUUCCGCGUGAUCAGCGAAUUCUGCUCCAGGUGUGGGAUAUUGGCGGUCAGACAACUAACAGUAAGAUGCUGAAUAAGUAUCUCUUUGAUGCGCAUGUGGUCUUGCUGUGCUAUGAUGUCACGGAUGCACAGUCUUUUAGUGACGUUGAAGACUGGUUGAGAGUAGCACGCAAAAAUGGUGACAGGAUAGCAAAGUUAUACCUUGUAGGCAACAAGACAGACCUCGUUGCUCACCGUGUCAUAUCGAGCGAGAAGCACGAGGCUUUUAUCCGACAGCAUGAACUGCUGGAUGGAUUUUUAGUGUCGGCUAAAAGUGGUGACAAUGUUUUGAAAACUGUGUACCGCAUUUCUGCAGCUGCUGCCAACAUUCAUGUGUCGGAGUUCGAGCUUUCGUUUUGCGAUAAGGUAGUGCGCGCAGUCAUUCCUCAAACAAGCAACGAAUCUCAGCCGGAUCUAGAGGCUCGAACUGCAAUGGCAGAUGCUAUUGAGGCCGAAGAUCAAGCCUUUGAAGCACUCAAUAGUAGCUAA